GCGUUCUGCAGAGGAUUCGUGACUGGUAGGGACUGCUUCGCUUCCGCCUGACUUGGGGACCGCUGCAGGGACCUGCGGCUUGGCAGUGUGCGCGCCGCGACACUCGGAGGAGCGCCGGCCGCCGGGCCCCUGGAAAGAAUGGCUGAUGCCAUGUGGAAGGUGAUAGUUUUGCUGGUCUUGGUGAUGCCCAGUCCUGGUGAUGGGCUAUUUCGCUCCCUAUACAGAAGUGCCCAGGUUCCCAGGCCACCAAAGGGAGAUGCAGGACAGCCUCUAUUUCUUACCCCUUUCAUUGAAGCUGGAAAGAUCAAUAGAGGAAAAAGUUUGAGUUUGGUCAGUCACUUCCCGGGACUGAAAGUGGAGAGUUACGCUGGCUACUUCACCGUGAAUAAGACUUACAACAGCAACCUCUUCUUCUGGUUCUUUCCGGCUCAGAUACAGCCAUCAGAUGCCCCCGUAGUUCUCUGGCUACAGGGCGGGCCGGGAGGUUCAUCCAUGUUUGGACUCUUUGUGGAACAUGGACCUUAUGUUGUCACAAGUAACAUAACCCUGCGUGCCAGAGAAUUGCCUUGGACCACCACACUUUCCAUGCUUUACAUCGAUAACCCAGUGGGCACGGGUUUCAGUUUUACUGAUGAUACCCACGGAUAUGCAGUCAAUGAGGAAGACGUGGCUCAAAAUUUAUACAGUGCAUUAGUUCAGUUUUUCCAGUUGUUUCCUGAAUUUAAAAAUAAUGACUUUUAUGCCACUGGAGAGUCCUACGCGGGGAAGUACGUGCCGGCCAUCGCGCACUACAUCCACACCCGCAACCCCAGGAGCGAGCUGUGGAUCAACCUGAAAGGAAUUGCUCUUGGAGAUGCGUAUUCUGAUCCUGAAUCAAUUAUAGGGGGCUAUGCAGAUUUCCUGUUCCAAAUUGGCUUGUUGGAUGAGAAGCAGAGAAACUACUUCCGGAAGCAGUGCAAUGAGUGCAUAAAACACAUCAAGCAGCAGGAGUGGUUUCAGGCCUUUGAAGUACUGGAUAAACUGCUAGAUGGCGACUUAACAAGUGAUCCUUCUUACUUCCACAAUGCUACAGGAUGUACUAAUUACUAUAACUUUUUACAGUGCACGGACCCUGAGGACCAAGUUUACUACGUGAAAUUUUUGUCACUCCCAGAAGUGAGACGAGUCCUGCAUGUGGGAAACCGGACUUUUAGUGAUGGGACUGAUGUUGAAAAGUACUUGCGAGAUGAUACCGUACAGUCAGUUAAGCCAUGGUUAACUGAGAUCAUGAAUAAUUACAAGGUUCUGAUCUACAAUGGCCAACUGGACAUCAUCGUAGCAGCUCCCCUGACAGAGCACUCCUUGAUGGCCAUGGACUGGAAAGGAUCCCAGGAAUACAGGAAGGCGAAAAGAAAAGUUUGGAAGAUCUUUAAAUCUGAUGAUGAAGUGGCUGGUUAUGUACGGCAAGUGGGUGACUUCCAUCAGGUAAUUGUUCGAGGUGGAGGACAUAUUUUACCCUAUGACCAGCCUAGGAGAGCUUUUGACAUGAUUAAUCGAUUCAUUUUUGAAAGAGGAUGGGAUCCUUAUCACUGAUAAACUACUUUCCUAAAAGAGAACAACAGGAGUUGGUUUUAAUCUUUGAAAAGAAAAUUUUAAAAACUAAAAAUGUCAUAUGAAUAAGAAAAUUAUCUUUUUGUAUCAGCAAGAUGUUUCUUAUCAAUAAAA